UUUGACCAGACCAGUGCACCAUACAGGGAAGUCCACAAGUGCACCACACCUGCGCUGCCAGCCUCAACCGAUUGCACCGACCGACCCAACCCUUUUUUUUCUGUAUCCCAACGACUUUCUGCCACUCCGAUCCGUCACUGCUGCUUUCACAUCGACUACAACAAACAUACCAAACCUCUAAUCACGAGUCCCUAAUACCAAUCCCACCCCCAAUCCAUCUUUCUCAGCCAUUCCCACAAUGGCUGCUAUCGGAGGCGUGCAGUCGAUCAAGUGCGUCGUCACUGGUGACGGUGCUGUAGGAAAGACAUGUCUUCUCAUCUCAUACACAACAAAUGCCUUCCCCGGCGAAUACAUUCCCACAGUCUUCGAUAAUUACUCGGCGAGUGUUAUGGUCGAUGGCAAGCCCGUGAGCUUGGGUCUCUGGGAUACUGCUGGACAGGAGGAUUACGACAGACUGCGCCCGCUUUCGUACCCCCAGACCGACGUCUUCCUCAUCUGCUUUUCGCUCGUCAGCCCUCCGUCGUUCGACAACGUCAAGUCCAAGUGGCACCCCGAGAUCCAGCAUCACGCCCCCGGCAUCCCCAUCAUCUUGGUGGGCACCAAGCUCGAUUUGCGCGAGGACCCCGAUACCAUUCAGAGCCUGAGCCAGAAACGCAUGGCUCCGAUAACGUUCGAGAUGGGUGUCAACUGCGCCAAGGAGAUCGGCGCGAGGAAGUACCUCGAGUGCUCUGCCCUUACCCAAAGGAAUCUCAAGUCUGUUUUCGACGAGGCCAUCAGAGCUGUGCUCUACCGCGUCGAUACGACCCAAGAAAAGAAGAAGUCCAAGUGCACUAUCCUCUAAUUAAUUCACCACAACCAACCAAACCACACCAGACAUACUACCACCAUCACAACACCAUCACACCAACGCUCAUGAGGCCAUUUACCGAGGGCGCAGCGCACGCCUUGACAUCAGCACACAACAACAGGGUGUUCCAUGGGGAUAAUUGUGAGGGGACACCAUCUAUACCCGGCGGACAUAAUUAGAUGUUGAUGAGAUUUUCUUUUCCUGGUUGUUCCGAUCGUCUCGAAAUAAACUCGCAAGCUGGUUUUCGUCUCUUUUUUUUUUCUCUGUCUUUUCAUUCUCAUCUUUUUGGAUCUAUCCCUCUACUACUACUACUACUACCCCGAAGAGAAAGCAGAAGUGGACCGAUACGAUCUCAUCUAUCUAGUGCCGACCGAUGAUGCUGGUGUGAAGUGCAUCCAUUCAUCCUUCAAAGUGACGGAUAGGGCGGCGGGCGUAUAACAUGCGACGACACUCUUUUUGCAGGCAGGUGAUUAUGGGGGAAACUGAUGCAAGGAAAGGUCACAAUCGGCGGGUAUGGGCGAGAAAAGGGAAGAAACGAGGGAUGCGCCGUCGAUUCCACGGUACAAUUUCACUCGCUUGAGUAGAAGAGAAUAUACAAGGAGAGUCUAGGAGAAUGGGGGUGGACAGGAGGAUCGUAUAGUGGAGGAAGGGAGGGUUAGACAGGACGAGAAGAGGAAAGAGUAGGACGGGGCCUAGGUGAAUGUAGUCGUAGGUUGGUAGGCUAGAUCGAGGGAGUGCCAUGCAAACUAGUUCAGAUCAAGCCGUGGUCCACUGCUUUUAUGCGCUUUCUCUACGGACACAAAUGAGUUCCGGUUCGCC